AUGGGUUCAUCGCCGUCAAAAACAAUAGCUGGAUUAACUGCCGACUUGUGGCGAAGUAUAAAUCGUGGUGUGUAUGACCAGCAAUCACUUACACGAAUUCAAAACUGUAUUAGUAAUGGGGCUGAUAUUACAUCUCCAAAUAAAGAUCGUCAAUAUAUGAGAGCCGUUGUUCUCGAACAACAACAACGAAAUAGUGUGGCUGGGAGAGAGCGUGAAGUUAAUAUAUGUCAGCGUAUUAUAACUCAACUACAAAUAAAGGCAUCUGAAUUAUUUAUUCAGCAAUUGAAUAUUGGUGAUUUAAAUGGGAUGCGUCUGUUAGUUAAAACAUUAGGAGCUGAUUGUUAUCAAGGUGAGAAAUAUGGGCCACUGGGUUUAGUGGGUGAUGCACUAAAACAACCAAAUGUACGUUUGGCAAUUAUUGAAUUUUUGAUUGAAAAUGAUGAACGAAACAGAAUGGCUUUAACAAAACGCGAUAUUGAUGGUGGGGAAACAACAUGCAUACAACUAGCUACUAACAAUAAGAGCGAUGUUCACUAA